CUGCGUACGCGCUAGUAGGCUUCGAGCCAGCGCGGUGCGCGGACGUACGCGCAACGAACGAGCGAGCGCUCCCGACUGUAGCUGCAGCGAUCGAGAGCAAGUCUCACUGAAAUGGAAGUGGCAGGUCAAUGGCGGCGGGAGUGGGCUGGAGCCGCCGAAUAUGGGAAGGUGACAGAAGGCGGCGUGACGCGGCAGGUGGCGCGUGCGAUGGAAGUCCUCCACGCGAGCGCUCCGGGCGCGCGCAUGCGGGUCAUGCGGGCCGCGUACCACUCCACGGCGGGGCCGGGCGCGGCAACGUCCUACAUGGUGCACUCUUCCCGCAGAGUAAUAUCUUCCGGCACCAGACUACUAUCUCCUUCGUUAACCAGCAGACCGUUUGGAGAUACGCCUUCCCUACCAUCGCUGCCGUCGCUACCGCUGGAAAUAUCAUCAACCCCCUUGGAGUUGGUAGAUACUCCGGAAACAGAGAAUUACAAAGUGACAGAACCAGACGACACAGAAAUUUCCCAACCUUCAAAAUGGAAAAGUUCCACAGGCAAGAGCUCAAUAAGAAUGCCCAGCGAAGAAUCUUCGUCCACUGAUAACGCCAGCAUCAUCGAUCUCGACCCUAAACCCCAUCACAAAAGUAUAUUCAGAAAGUAUUCGUAUGAUUCAGAAAAUAGUGACAUCUCGACAAUGAAACUAAGCAGUCGAGCCUCCCCACUAUUGGAUGCUCCCGUAUCACUGAGCACUCUUAAAUACAAAUCACUACUGAAUGGGAGUAACGAUUGGACUAAUAGACGCAAAAGUUACAGCUUUGAAGAAACAGAUCCGCUAAAUGAAACCAUCUCACACUGUAACGACACACUGGCAAUGGAGUCCUCCACGGACAGUGGCAUCUGUAAGUCAACUGAAAUAGUAAAUGAUCACGCAGAUUAUGAGAGAAAGGACAGGAAAUAUUAUCCUCCUGAAGAUUCAUUCAAAGAUUGGCUUAACAAAAACCGGCAAACCUCAUUCAACAAAACCAAUCAAUACAUAUCUAAUAAUAGAGGGUACAAUGUAUUGAUAGAAGAACCAAGUGAAAGUAGUAUUACACUGCAGUCAGCGGGUAAAGUAUCAAUUACAGUGCCCAUCACACUUGAAUCUGAAGAAGAGUAUCAACACAGGAAAGCCCAGGGUAUUGAAGAAGCCGAGAGGAGGCGCAAGAAAGUCGAAUUUUGUAAAACUGAGUUACACUUUGCGGCUGAAUCUGGGAAAGUUAAUAUUAUAGCCACCGAUGAAAAACCGCCACCUACAAAUGAUUUUAGAAGGAGGAAAAGUGCUUUCGUACCAAUGAAGAAACCCGAGAGACCGACUACUCUGUUGCUCGAAAAGAAAACAACUGAUGAUACGAUGAUUGAUUUGUUACAACACAACACUAGUGAGGUAGUUGAAAACGAUGAGAAUACAGCAGCUACAAAAAGUAUUCUCAAAAACAUAAUUCCUAAGCCCAAACCAUAUCUUCUAGGCGAGAACAUGGCUCUUGGGCUCGCUGACGACGUUCCGAGUGGUAACAAGUCCAGUAUAUGUAGCGACAAUUCAGAUGUUCCGACAGCUGUUUCAUUAAUCAAUAGGCAGUUGCAAGAAAGAAGGUGCAGCAAUGAAACAACCUCCAGUAUGGCUAGUGAAACUGACAUAAGCAGUCCUCUAAAAACAUUCACGUCGAGGCCAAUUAAUGCAGGUCUUAUCAAGAGUGUAAGCUCAAGAAGUCAAAAUUCUAGCCAACAAUAUUCGUCAACCACUGAAGUCACUGACACCUUCAAUUCAGUUAAAGAAAAGUUGAAGGCGUUGCAAAUGUCUCCGACACCAGCAAGAUCGAAAACACGCCAACUUCGGCAAUCUGAUCUAACUUACUUUGGUAUUCAGAAUGAUAAAAAGAAUACAGAAGACGACAAGCCCAAGUUCAUCAGAGACAGAAUAAAAAUGCAAAAUGAAGCAAUUGAUAACAUUUUCCAAUCUGUUCGGCUUAUUCAGCAAGUAUCUAACAGUGUAUCCAACAGUGUGUGUCACAGUGAAGCUGAAUCAGAAGAUGCUGUGGAAUAUCAAAAUAUUCCUCUUAAAACAAACUUUGCUCCUAUACCGACGCCACGAUCGCGUACAAAAUAUACCGACAGAGAUUCUGAAAAAGUAACAGUACUAAAGCCUAUUGUAGAACAGGAUUCCGUAGUGAUAAAACAGAAUAUACAAGAUACAACGAGGCGUUCUAGGUCACGAAGAUAUGAAGAGGCUUCUUCACCGGCAAUUCGAAGUAUUUCGGAGCCCCCUAAGGCUAAUCGAUUAAGCUCUUUGGAAAAAUCACAUCGACGAACCCACAACGUCAAACAAAAUAUUACUGCAAGGAUAAACAAAUAUGAAACAAAGGAAGAGAAAACGAAUUAUAGUGAAAGGCAUCCUUCAGAUACCGCCAAAUUGUAUUUAAGCGAGGAGGACGACGACGACGACGCGAUGCCUACGUAUGUCAACGUAAACAAAGAACUAUGUAAUAAUGCAAUACCAAUAACUGGUGAGGAUAAAAUACGUAAACCAGAAAUUGAUAGAAAAUUGUGCCAGUCACAUAAAACUGACACUGGUCACAGAGAAAUCGUUCAGAAAGCAGAUAAGUAUACAGUAGAACGAAGAUUGCGUACAAGACAUGAGAAAGCUGGUAGUGAUAUUAAGCCCAUAGAAAACCAUAAAGAUCAAUAUGAAUUAGAUCGAAAGUCACGUGCAACACCUAAAAAAACAAAUAGUGAUCAUAAAGAAACUACCCGAAAUCAAUCUAACUCUCGAGAAAAAAUCCAUAAAGCAGACAAAUGUAAUGAUAGCUUGAAUAAAAGAACAAACUCCUCGAGGAAAAAGAAAGUAGACUCAAAGGCUGGGCCUGCAGAUGCUCCGCAAUCGAGUGACCCUUCAGUAACUUCACAACGCAUUACAACAGAAAAUAAAAUAAAUAAGGACGAGAGAUCUACGUCGACGAGCAGGCAAAGUAAAUCACAUAGACAUGCGGACAAAAAUAUGACAGAACGGAUUGCUGAGAUUUCCGACACCCCUACAAAGGACUCGAAAGGAUCAACCAAAUCUCAGCAUGUGAGGAGUGCAAGUCGUAAUUCGACUUCCAAGAAAGACACUAUAGAAAACCAUAAACGAUCUAGCGCGAAUUCUGCUGAUCGCCACCGCAACUCAUUGCAACUAAAGUCUGGCGACAAAAACGGGGAAGAGCACUACUCAAAAGACAGAAAGUCAAGGAGAAACGAAUACGUUAUCAAUUAUGAUGACAAGAACGGGACAGUAGCAUCUAUAUCUAAAGUACCAACUGGACCUGGAUCGACUAGGAAGAAAAAAACUUCUCUAGAAAGAAUUAAAGACACCCCUAAAGAGUAUAGAACUCAAAGCAAACCCGAGAAAAUUCACCUGCUGCAGUUCCCAGAACGAGAUAUCCCAAGCGGACUGAGUCACGCGCAUAAGACAUCGAGGACAAAAGUGCAUAUACAACGGACUUGCCAGCUAUUGUGAACUGAAUAUGAGUAAUGCUAGUGUAAGGAAUGCCAAAAACUAGCCGAUUGCUGUAAAAUUAGUAUUUAUGUAUGGAACUUGCAAUUUUUUAUAAUUUAUGUGGUAAUUAAACAUCGAAUAAUACUGAUCUCACAUUAAGGUUAACAAUACAAAAUAACAGUUAUUAAUAAAGUAUACGACUUAAA